AUGGUCUUUCCCGGAAAAAGGAGUACGGGCUGUCAUGUCUGCCGUAAGCGUAAGAUCAAGCCAGAAUGCCAGCACUGCAUUUCUCGCGGAAUGCAGUGCCCGGGGUAUCCGGAUCCUCUCACCUUUCGGGAAUACCGAAUGACUCGAGCGGCAGCAAGAGACCGUGGUCAAUCUAAAUUGAUGAUUGUGGGUCGGGAGAAGGAACAGCCCGAGCCGGGAGCUGCAGGAGCCGAGUCAGCGUCUGCUCGUGAACCGCAGCGGGCAUUGUCAGAACCACCACCCUCGCCGACGAUCUCAUCACCGAAACCGCGGACUGGUCCUGCUCUCAGUCUGGAGUGGCAGGCGGUUUGUUACUUUACUCAUCAUCAUGUGCUCAAGGUGCAUAAAUCCCCUUGUCGGGGGUUUCUGGCUUUCUUUCCCGAGUUGUAUAAGGAAAAGGGAGAUGAUUUAUGUUUGAAGCAUGCCGUUCUCAGUGUGGCGUCGUUAUCGCUAUUUAAUGCUUCUCAAGUUGGACAGCUCUAUGUCAAUGCCCGGAGGCAUUAUGGUUCUGCUAUCAAAUCCCUCUACAAUGCUCUCAAGUCGAACGAGACGGCAGUAACGGAUGAGGUCUUUGCUGCAUCGUUGUUCCUCAAUGUCUUCACGGACUUGAGUGGCGAGACGAGCCAUGGGUUGAAUCCUCAUAUCCCUGGUACUCAUUCUCUACUGCAACUACGCGACAAGUCGCAGUUGAAUACGAAAUAUGGCCGAGAAUUAUUUGGUUGGGCCAUUUUACAAGUUCAAACACAAGCAAUCGCCAAUAAUGAAUUCCGCUAUGGCACAUUACCAGAAUGCAUCCGAAAAAUGUACAAGCCGGACAACAUAUACCGAGCAGGCAUAAUCAUAGACAUGGUCGCUCAGCAGUGCUACUCCAUAAGCGAAAUGCGAGCCACUCUAUCAAAUCCGCAAACACCUUAUCCUUCACCCUCAUCAUCACCACCCUCCUCAGUCCUCUCUACCGUUCCUACUUAUACCAUCACAUGUGGCAUUAUCCACAGACUGUUAAGCCAAGCCCAUUGUCUCAUCGAUGAAAUUGACACCUGGCACGAAGCCGUACCAAACCACUGGAAAGUCCAAUACCACGACCUCCUCACCAACGAUGCAACCGGCGUCAAACGAGACGAAUGGACAACCUGCUUUCUAGCCACUAUUCUCUCCACCCAGGUGAUCUUCUACACCCACCUCAUCGACUUCUGCGAUCUCCUCACUGAAAAGGAGAUAUCAUUCGACCACAAUCACUGCUUCGAAGGCCCUAUUGAUCUGUUCACAGGUUUGGAAGGUCGUAUUCAAGUGUUAUUGCAGAUGAUAUGCUCUACUGUUUCGUUUUUGCUGGGGAAGCUUGAUGAGGAUGGAAAGUUUCAGGCGUCGUCGAAUGCGAAGCUGGUGAAUGGGUAUGUGCUGCGUUUGCCGAUGCGGACCGUCCUUGGUUCUCGGUUUGCGAGUGCAGAACAAGUAAAACUUUGCGAGGGGGCGUUGGAUUAUGUGGGAGAGACGGUGAUAGGGAAUGGGUUGAUUCAGGAGUAG